GGCGUCGGCGGCGCGCUCACUCAACAGGCGGCUGCGGCGGCGGACGGCAGCGCCAUGGCCGAGGAGCGGCUCGUGCUCACCAGACAUGAGGUCACCGCCAACAGACAGGUGGGCGAAGAGGAGGCCUCCAAGGAGGAGCAGAGCUCGCUUACCUCGGCCAGCUUCAACUUCAUCAACUCAAUCAUCGGCAGCGGCGUGCUCGGCGUGGCUUACGCCAUCCGACAGGCCGGCCUGGGGUUGGGCCUGCUGCUGAUCGUGCUGGUGGCCUGGAUGACGGACGCCUCGAUCGUCAUGCUCAUCAGGGCCGGCAACCUGGCCGGCACCAGCACGUACCAGGACACGGUGAUGCGCGCGCUCGGCACGCCCGGCUACUAUGCGCUCACCUUCCUGCAGUUCACCUACCCGUUCGUCGCUCUGCUCAGCUACAACAUCAUCAUCGGAGACAACUUCACCAAGGUGUUGAUCCGGAUGACGGGCGUGCCGGCCGACAACUUGGUGGUGCGCCGCGAGUUCGUCAUCAUCGCUGCCACCCUGCUCAUCACCAUGCCGCUGUCGCUCUACAAGCAGAUCGGCAAACUCGCCAAGAUCUCUUUCGUCUCCUUCGUCAUGGUGCUGGUCGUCGUCGCCGCCAUGGUCUACCGCACUGUCACCAUGUGGGAGCAGGUGUGA